GCAGCUGGGUGCGACGACCUUUUCCAUAGAGCUAUGGGCUGCAUGCAGGGCAUGGCUGUUGGCGACUCCUUGGGGCAUCCCUUCGAGUUCCUGCCUGUGCAAGACAGGCCAGCUGGUCCACACUUUGACUUGGAACGCUUCGAGUUUGUCGGCGCGUCCAACACUUUUCGCCUCAAGCCGGGCCAGUGGACAGAUGACGCAGCCAUGGGCCUUUGCAUGGCAGACUCGCUGCUCAUGAGGCGCGAGUUUGACGGAAGCGACAUGAGGGUCCGCUUCUGGUGCUGGUGGAACCGCGGUUACAACAACGCAUUCCGCAAGGACACCACGAGGAGUAGUUCAGUUGGUCUGGGCGGCAACAUCGCCAAGUCCCUCACAGAGAUCUCCUACCUCCUUCCCGGAGAGACCCCCAGCCCAGCCUACAAGGCAGCAACAGAAGAUGCAGGGAACGGAAGCUUGAUGCGCUUCGCGCCUGUGGCCAUCUUCUACCACGCGGCCCCCAUGGAGGAGGUCCUGGACUUUGCCCGCCAGUCUUCCUACACCACCCACCCUGGCAUCAUUGCUGCGGAGGCGUGCUCCCUUUUGGCAUUUCUCAUCAUCCGCGCUUUAAAGCGCCAGGGUGAGGAGAACCAAAUGACGGCCAAGGACUUCUUGGACAAGGUGACUGCCGAGUACCUGAGAGUCUCGGGCCUUGAGAACAAGUCUGGCUGGGGCUUUGACCAGAUGAAUUGGCUGGUCCGAUCAAAGCCGAUCCACGCCACGGAGAGGAGCUGGGAUUGGCGAAGUCCAAAUUUGGACAUUGCAGGAACCCUCCGGGCGCGAGGGCGCACUUACAACGGAUACCCAGUGUCUGCAGGGUACUUUGGUUCCUACUCGUUAGAUGGCAUGGCCUUAGCGCUGUGGUCUGUCUACCACACUUCCUCCUUUAACGAAGCCGUGGUCAAGUCUGUGAACUUGCUUGGGGACGCGGACAGCCAUGGUUCCAUUACCGGCCAGUUAGCCGGUGCGUUUUACGGCCUAUCCAGCAUUGACAAGCGAUUCGUGGAUUGGGUCAAGAAAUGGGAUGACUACGAGUUUGCAGCCCGUGGGGUCCUUUUGGCACAUUUAGGCCGCACGGCAGGCCUCAUCACUUCGAUUUGA